UGGCAGUGAAGACAGUUUAUGCUGCACCCAAUGAACGACUGCCACUGCCACGUGUCCACACGUGCCACCUAUUUCCUGUCUCCUUUGCUCCGAUGGAGUUAGGUUAGAAGCCGUCUUUUCACAGCCUCUCCGAUUUAAUCGCGGUACCCUUUUUCCUCGAAACCUCGCACUUUUCACUCACAUGCACUUUCUUCAGUUUUCACCUCCAAAACCUAAAAUGAAACCCAAAUGCACUCCACAUAAAUCCCAAACCCAAAUCCACCCCACUCACUAACCUUAUCUCUCUCUCUCUCUCUCUCUCUCUCUCUCUCUUUCUCUCCACCUAACCCAUCACCCCACUCCGCUUCCCUCUUCAGCCGCCAAAACGCGACUAACGACUUCACUCUCAGCCAAUUCCCCCAAACGGUGCAUGGAAUGACGGAGUACCGCUCCCCGCCGACCAUGAAUCUCUGGACCGACGACAACUCCUCCGUCAUGGAGGCCUUCAUGAGCUCCACCGACCUCUCCUCCCUGUGGCUGGCCCCGCCGCAAUCCGCCGCCUCAACCACCACUCCGGGGCCCGACACCACCAGAGCCCCGCCGCCGCCUCCGCCGUCCCAAUCCCAGUCCCUCCUCAACCAGGAGACCCUUCAACAGCGCUUGCAGACGUUAAUAGAAGGCGCUAGAGAGAGCUGGACCUACGCAAUUUUCUGGCAGUCUUCUUACGACUACUCCUCCGGCGCUUCCCUCCUCGGUUGGGGCGACGGUUACUACAAGGGCGAGGAGGACAAAGGAAAAGGCAAGGCCCCCAAAACGACGUCGCUCGCAGAGCAGGACCACCGCAAGAAAGUUCUCCGCGAGCUCAAUUCAUUAAUUUCUGGUCCUUCUGCUUCGCCCGAUGAUCUCGACGAGGAGGUAACCGACACGGAGUGGUUCUUUCUCGUUUCCAUGACUCAGUCGUUUGUCAACGGCACCGGCCUGCCGGGCCAGGCUUUCUUUAAUUCCAGCCCCGUGUGGGUCGCCGGGGCCGACCGGUUAUCCGAAUCGGCCUGCGAACGGGCCCGGCAGGGGCAGGUGUUUGGGCUUCAGACGCUGGUUUGCAUACCGUCCGCAAACGGCGUCGUUGAGCUGGCCUCCACGGAGGUUAUUUUCCAGAACCCCGAUCUGAUGAACAAAGUGCGGGAUUUGUUCAACUUCAGCAACCCCGACGCGGGGUCGUGGCCGUUGAACUGCGUUGCCACCGAUCAGGGCGAGAACGACCCUUCCUCUCUCUGGCUCAACCCUUCUUCCUCUGUUGAAAUCAGAGACUCCGCGGUGGCGCCCGCUUCAGCGAAUGCAACAGUUAACAAGGCGUUGCAGUUCGAAACCCCGGGCUCCAGCACGCUAACCGAAGCCCCUAGUGUUGUUCACGUCCCCCACGGCAACGCUCAGCACCCGUCGCAGAACAACAAGGGUUUCUUCCCGAGGGAAUUGAACUUUUCGAGUUCGUUAAAACCCGAAUCCGGUGAAAUUCUGAGCUUCGGGGAGAGCAAGAAGAGUUUGUUCCCCGCUGUUACCGUCGAGGAGAAGAACAAGAGGAGCUCAACCGUUUCCAGGAGCACCAUUGACGAUGGAAUGCUCUCCUUCACUUCCGGCGUCAUCCUGCCAGCUUCCAAUAUGAAGUCCGCCGCCACAGGCGGCGACUCCGAUCAUUCGGAUCUGGAAGCUUCCGUGGUGAAAGAGCCAGACGGCGGCAGAGUGGUGGAGCCGGAGAAACGGCCUCGGAAGAGGGGGCGGAAGCCGGCGAACGGCAGAGAGGAGCCGCUGAAUCACGUGGAAGCGGAGAGGCAGAGGAGAGAAAAGCUGAACCAAAGAUUCUACGCGCUUCGGGCGGUGGUUCCCAACGUGUCGAAGAUGGACAAGGCGUCGCUUUUGGGCGACGCCAUAUCCUACAUAAACGAGCUCAAGUCCAAGCUCAAUGGGCUGGAAUCGGAGAAAGGGGAUUUGGAGAAGCAAUUGGAUUCUGCAAAGAAGGAGCUCGAGCUCACAGUCACAACUAAAAACCCACCUCCUCCGCCUCCACCUGAGAACGAGGCCGAUAAAACCACGGCCAUGCUGGUUGAUUUGGAUAUAGACGUGAAAAUCAUUGGUUGGGAUGCCAUGAUUAGGAUCCAAUGCAGCAAGAAGAACCACCCGGCGGCGAGGUUGAUGGCGGCGUUGAAGGAGCUGGACCUGGAAGUGCAUCAUGCCAGCGUGUCCGUGGUGAAUGAAUUGAUGAUUCAACAAGCCACGGUCAACAUGGGAAACCGCUUCUACACGCAGGAGCAGCUCCUAGUGGCGCUGUCGUCCAAAGUUGGGGAUGCUAGAUAAUUCUGCACCAUUGCUAGCAGUAGCUGUAGUUGUCUAUGUAAACUAGUGUUCUUUUCUUAUUUUGGUUAGUCUUUUUUUUUCUUUUUUCGGUGUAGCUUAGUCUUAAUUAAAUUUUUGAGGUAAUUUGAUUUGGGAAGCUGAAUGGGCUAGGGCUAGGGCUAGCGGACGGUUUUUCUUCAGGGAAGAAAUGGGGUACUGUAGCAGCUCUCAUGAAGUCGAAGUGGACUAUUUUUGUGUUAAUAGUAUCUGUCUAGAUUGUAUAUAUGUUUAUCCAUUAUCAUAAAUGUGAUCUGAACUUGGUGAA